AUUGGUCCCCCUACGGACCAGAUUCUCAUUUAUUUACUCUACAAGUUCGUUCGGCUUUUCUCAAUACCGACUCUUCACAUGCUUGGUGUUCGAAAACAUGCAAUGGUCGUCCGAUUAGAUCCAUCUGGAAGGAUCGUUGAGUCUCUUCACGACACCUCAGGCCAUAUUUUCAGUUUGAGUGAGGCUUCAGAACACGAUGGAUAUCUCUAUCUGGCCAGUUAUGUCAAUCAAUUUGUUGCCAGAAUUCCGCUUACAUCACUUUCUGAUGAUGAGUAG